CUUUGCAGUCAGGUACAUGUACAUGCAGACACCAUUGAAAAUAAAUCUGGAUCCUGGGGAAAUCUCUGUGCCUUCUGGCGAGAAAGAAAUUUGACAUUUUGGGAAAGGACUGUCUGAUGUCGGAAACCAGGGUCCAUGAUGCCUCCAAACAGAAGAUGGAGAAACCCUUGCAGCUGGUUUGUAACAAGGAUGGGAAGCUACAGCUUAACCCAGAGGCUCUGAAGGUCCUCCAGUCUAUUGAAGUUCCAAUGGUUGUUGUGGCUGUGGUUGGUGCUGCUCGUACAGGAAAGUCCUACCUCAUGAAUUGUCUUGCGGGAGACAAGAAAGGAUUCUCAGUAAAGUCAACCAUCCAGUCUCACACCAAAGGAAUCUGGAUGUGGUGUCGAUCCCUCCCUCAGAGACCCAAUGAGGUCCUCCUGUUGUUGGACACUGAGGGUCUGGGAGAUCCUGACAAGGGAGAUAUCGAUAAUGAUAAUUUUAUCUACUUACUGGCUAUCCUUCUGAGCAGCAUCCUCAUUUACAAUGGUCAAAGAAACAUAGACCAGCAAUCCCUGCAAGACCUACAUUUUGUGACUGAACUAUCCAAGCAGAUCCAGACGAGGUCCCAGCCUGAUGGCUCUGACAGUUGGGACUUUGUCCGUUUCUUCCCUGAAUUUGUCUGGGUGAUCCGUGAUUUGACAUUGGAUUUGAACGUCGAUGACAAAGAUGUGACUCCGAAAGAGUACCUGGAGCACAUUCUGAAACUGAAGGACAGGGAGAUCAGUGAGCAGGACAAGAAAUAUAACGAAAUCCGCAGGUGUAUCCGCAAUCAUUUUCCCUCACGUUGCUGCUUUGCAUUUCCCAUUCCCACACAUGGGAAGAAACUCAAGCAGCUCCAGGAAUUGGAGGACAAGGAUCUGGAUGAAGAUUUUGUUACAGAGCAGCAGAACCUCAUCAAGUACAUUCACACCCACAAUAAAGUCAAGAGAGUUGUUGGGGGUCAGCUGGUCACGGGCAGGAGAUUUGCUGAAUUGGCCAAGGUGUACGUGGGGAUGAUGGCAGAUGGGGUCAUACCAUGUGUGGAGAGCAGUGUCGCCAAAUUAGCGGAGGUGGAAAACCAAGCAGCAGUAGAUGAAGCCGUGAAAUUCUAUGAUGAUGGAAUGAAAAAAUUCUCAGAAUCUGGCUGUCUUACUAUGAGCAAUCUCAUAGAGAAUCACAAUGCGAGGAGCAUAGAGGCAUUCAAUAUCUUCCACAAAAGGUCUAUGAACAACAGUGGCAAACACAUCCAACAGCUGGAGGAGAAGAUCAGUUCUACUUACAAUUCUCUUAUGGUCAAGAUCAAGAAAAAGAUUGAAAAGGAAUGUGAGACAAAUGUGGAAAUAGUAAUGUCAUCAAUUAAAGAAAACCUGACAUCUGGACAUUACCAGAAACCUGGUGGUAUCCAGGAGCUGAAGAAGGAUUUUGAUAAGGCCAUCAAGGAGUAUGAAGAAAGGACUAAGAAUGAGGUUGAGGGGUUAGCUGCCCUCACCCACUUCCUGGAAGAGGUAAAACCUCAUCUAGACCACGUACAGGAAAUGGACAGCAAGCUGACAGCCAAACGAAUGCGUGUCUCUGCUUUCGAACAGGAACUCACGAGGGUGACACAGGGGAUGAAGAUGAUGGAGCAGAACAGGAAGGUGGCUGAAGAAUGCAGGAAUAAGGAAAUCAUGGACCAGAUCAGCAAAAUGUUUGAAGAGGGUAAAACAUGCAGUGUAGAAGAGCUGAAGGAAGCCAUGGAGCAUAUGAAGAGUGAGAUGGAGAAAUAUGAAGUUGAAGGCAGGAUGGAGGAUGCACAAAGGGCUCAGCAGAGGUAUGAGUCCCUGAAGAAGAAAUAUGAAGAGGCAACAGAAUGGAGUUUAAUGAAAUUCAUAAAGGAGAAUGCUAAGUAUUUCACUACACUGCUGAAUGCAGUGGGCACUAUGGUAGAAUUAUAUGCAUCCAUAGCAAAAAGGUAGUCACAAAAGAUGUCUACUUUUAAAGUGGGUUCAUGAAUUUCCCCCCAGUGUAUUCACAGAUUCUAGCUUGUGAAUCUCAGAACCACAGGGAUGUGAAUGAGAUCAUCAUUUCCCUAUGACCUAGUGUAAUAUGUCCCACUCUUUAAAUCCCCUCACACAGCCCACAGACACUCUCCACAAUCAGCAACUUUCUCCACUCAGCAAAUCCCCUCCCAUAACCCACUGACACUCUCUCCCAUCACCUGCAUUUCCCCACCCAUUAAAUCCAGUGAAUCCUCUCCUACAGCCUGCAGCACUUUCCUUGAUCCAUUGAAUUUCCUCUCACAUUCCAUAGACAUUUGCCCCCCCCCAACUCUUUCCCCUACCACAAUAAUUUUG